AUGGCGCCCUCACCAUCCCCGCUCACCAUCACCUCCGAUCUGGAAGGCUUUUCACCAAUGGCCGUCCAUGACAUCCACCUUGCGAAGCGUGCGGACUACAAGGUCGCCGCGUCCGCGGGAGCUAAGGACCCGCGAGCCUACAACAACCUAUGGUUUCAGCUGUUGUUUGCCUUCAUUGGAAUCGGAAUGACCUUGACGGCGCUGUGGUUCUUCUUCCGCGCCAAAAACGGCGGUUUCAAGUGGCGGCAGGACGACUGGGAAGACUACAAGUCGACGGUGCUGCGCCGCAAGGGACCGGACGGAAAGACACUCAGUAACGCGACAAAGAGCACCAAGCUCGGCGGAGGCAGUGUGGUACAUGGCGGCACCUACGGCGCCCCGACCAGCGUGGGAUACACCGAUGAGACGGGCACAACUGUCAGCGAAAUGCGUGAGGCCGAGGAGGGUAAAGGCCGUCGCGCCUUCGGCAUCCGUGGUGGUGACGGCGAGAAGAAGGACAAGCGCAAGAAGCGUCACGAGCACGACAACGACUACAAGGACCGCGAUCUCCGUGAUUACCGUGACGAGCGCCCCGCGAAAGUUGGCGGCCUCAACCGACAGGCGGAUGGCAUGUACACUGACUACUCCGCUACUGGUACCGAGCCCUCCGACCUAGGUUCCAACGUCUCCGGUCGCCCACUCGUCAAGGACAAGGAAAAGAAAUCCGAAAAGGACAAGAAGAAGGAAGCCAAAGCCAAGGAGCAGCGCGCAAGGGAGCGCAUGCGCAAGGCUAAGCUCGCCGAGAAGGAAGCCGCCAAGACCGCCGCUGCCGAAGCCAAAGCCCAAAAGGAAGCCGAGAAGCAAGCCGCAAAGGAGAAGAAAGCCGAGCAGAAGAAAGCAAAGAAGGCGAAGUCUGAAGUCGCGCCCUCUGAGAUCGGUGGCCCCGCAAUGACAGAGUACACCGCUCUCGAAAGCGAAUACACCUACGACGCCCCCAAGACCGAAUACACUGCCCCUUCUGAAGCUCCUGCCCCGGCUAAAGGUUCCUCUCGUCGUGCUCCUCCUUCCGCCGCAUACUCCUUCACCACCGGAGACGAUCGCACCGAGUACACAGGCGCCCGCACCGACGUCUCCAACAACAAGUCUCGUGCUGCCCCUGCCCCCUCUGAAGCCCAAGAAUCCUCCUACUACUCUGACUACCGCCCCAACGCCGAGCGUUCUCGCGCCUCUCGCUCUCAAUCCCGCCCCCGUCACGAAUCCCGCUCUCGUCCCUCUUCCCAAUCUCCUCGCAAGCACCACCGAGCUUCGCGUACCGGCCCAUCAAACGCCUCAGACAUCUUCACCACGGCGAAUGGCGAUACGCGUGGCACCAUCGCGUACCCGUGCCACAUCCCCGGUCUAAGCACCGCGGGCAGCGUCGCGCCCAACGACAGCGUGAGCCAGAUGGGUGCACCACGGGGUCCCAGGCGCGAGGAUCGUGGGGGUAGGGACGUCAUGGCUGGAUACCGCCGAGGUGGUGUGCGCACCGUGCGAAGGGAUUCACUAAGUGAUAGCGAUGCUUGA